CCCCCCCCCCCUGCGGCCUCACAGCCCCUCGAAUCCCAUCCCUCUCUACCAUCUCCGCGCGGCCCCGUCCCGCCCUGCCUUCUCCUGCCGCGGCGCCGUCCUUGGAAGCGAUGGCGGCGGCGGCAGGAGUCGCCGGGGAGUCGUCGGGGACGAAGACGAAGAAGCUUAAGAUUGCUGUCAUCCACCCCGACCUUGGAAUCGGUGGUGCUGAGAGAUUGAUAGUUGAUGCGGCAUGUCAGCUUGCUGCCCAUGGGCACGAUGUUCACGUUUUCACAUCACACCAUGACAGAAAUCGGUGCUUUGAGGAAACAGUCUCUGGUACAUUCCCAGUUACAGUAUAUGGAGAUUUCCUGCCUCGUCAUGUGUUUUACCGCUUUCAUGCUGUCUGUGCUUAUCUUCGCUGCAUUUUUGUUGCACUCUGCGUGCUACUUUGGUGGCCCUCCUUUGAUAUCAUAUUGGUAGACCAGGUUUCUGUUGUGAUUCCACUUCUUAAACUAAAGGCAUCAUCAAAGACAAUUUUUUAUUGCCAUUUUCCUGAUCUGUUGCUUGCACAACAUACAACAAUUCUUCGGAGGUUAUAUCGCAAGCCAAUUGACAUGAUUGAGGAAGCCACGACUGGUAUGGCAGAUUUGAUUCUAGUCAACAGUAAGUUCACCGCGGCAACUUUUGCCAGGACCUUUUGUGGUCUUCAUGCUAGAGGAGUCGAGCCUGGUGUCCUAUACCCAGCGGUCUCAGUUGAGCAGUUUCAUGAACCUCAUGAUUAUAAGUUGAAUUUCCUCUCAAUUAACCGGUUUGAGAGAAAAAAGAAUCUUGGUCUAGCCAUUUCAGCAUUUGCUUUGCUCCGGUCAGUUGUUUCUAAGCAACCUGGUGAUGCUCUGCGGGAAGCAAGCUUAACAGUGGCAGGUGGGUACGAUAAGCGCCUCAAAGAAAACGUUGAAUACCUUGAGGAGCUCAAAAGAUUGGCAGCGACUGAGGGUGUUUCUGAACAUGUUAAAUUCGUGACAUCUUGUUCUUCAUCUGAAAGAAACGAGCUUCUCUCCAACUGCCUUUGUGUGUUGUACACUCCAAAGGACGAGCAUUUUGGCAUUGUUCCUCUUGAAGCCAUGGCAGCAUACAAGCCUGUAAUCGCAUGCAACAGCGGUGGUCCAGUGGAAACAGUAGUGAACGAGGCGACAGGGUUUCUGUGCGAUCCUUCCCCCAUCGAAUUCUCAAAAGCCAUGCUGAAGUUUGUGAGCGAUCACGAUCUAGCGGUCCGGAUGGGCAAACAAGCACGCGACCGCGUGGUGCAGGAAUUCUCGACCAAGACGUUCGGCGACCUCCUGAACAGCUAUGUCCUCAAUGUCUACCACCAGAGGAUGGAGUGAUCCGAGUCCGGUGUCGGCAGCGCCAAAUGGAAGCCUUUUGAGUAGCACAUUAACAUCAUCCCUUUUUUUAUCCCUGUGACUUGUGAGUUCUGACUUUGAUGUACCACACAUUUGGAAGCAAGUUAGCAUGGUCUUGCAUGGUGAUGGCGACCUUGCAUUAUUGGCCUGUGGAUGAACUGAUUUCUCUGUC